UCCUCCGUUUCUUUGAAUAAUCAAUCGCAGCUUACGCAGAGGUUAGGAAAUCCUUGGCUAGACCUUCGUUGCAGAGCAGCUAACAAAAGCGCAAAAAACUGGUGCAGCAGCUUGAACUACAGUUAAAGCUUAACGAUGACGGAGGUAGAGGAUUCUCCCACCGCUUCCUCCCAAUCUGUUAGAUUUUCAUGGUCUUCUGUUCAAAUUCCCGAACUACGUCCCCGUCGGCAUUCGAAUGCGAUCAGAUUAUCGCUACCGCCGCUGUUUUCUAAGCUGGAAAAAGCGAGAGAUUUGGCCCUCGGCUUGGUAGUGUCUCUCGUGGAUGAAAGCAAGAGAAGGGCUGUAGCUCUGCCAAGGCACAUGCCUCUGCUGUGCUGUACAAGCAUUUCCACUCGCCAUGGCGAAAUUAAAAAGACCUCUGAGGAGCCGAAGAUUGGAAGCAAAAACGGCGUUAAGGAGAGUGUAAGUAAAGAAGAUGUUUUUAUGGAGACUUCAAUCAAAGAAGGUGUCAUUGAUGGAAAUGGGAAGAACAGAAGUGAAGGCGAGCAGAAAGUGCACACCGCUGCUUGUCGGCAUCUGAAGGAAGAGCAGGAGAGGGUUUUGGUGAGCGAGGUGUUGGUUCGGAAUAAGGAGGGCGAGGAGUUGGACAAUGUGGAGCUGCGCACUGAGGCCCUGUCAUUAUUGAAGGCUUGCAAGCCCAACUCUGCUCUCACAGUGCAGGAAGUGCAGGAGGAUGUCUUCCGCCUCAUUAGUAGCGGUUAUUUUAGUUCAUGCAAUCCUGUUGCUGUAGACACCAGAGACGGCGUUCGCCUCGUUUUUCAGGUAGAACCAAAUCAGGAGUUUAAAGGUUUGAUAUGUGAAGGUGCAAAUGUUCUGCCGACAAAGUUUGUGGAGGAUGCAUUCAAGGAUGACUAUGGAAAGGUUGUUAACUUUCAGCGCUUGGAUAAAGUGCUGAGAUCUAUCAACAGUUGGUACUCAGAUCGAGGUCUUCUUGCAAAGAUUUCAGGCAUAGAGAUCCUAUCUGGUGGAAUUUUGUGGUUACAAGUCUCUGAGACAGAAGUGAACAAUAUCACUAUUCAAUUCCUUGAUAAGAAGACUGGUGAGCCAACUGUAGGAAAGACUCGACCGGAGACUCUUCUUCGACAACUGACAACUAGAAGUGGCCAGGUUUACAGUGUACAACAAGGAAAAAGAGAUGUAGAGACUGUACUAACAAUGGGAAUCAUGGAAGAUGCUAACAUGGUUCCACAUCCAGCUGGUGAUACAGGGAAAAUUGACUUGACUAUGAAUGUUGUUGAACGUAGAGAUAGGGGAUUCUCUGCGGGUGGAGGAUUUUCAGGAAUUGGAUUGAGCGGUGGGCUACUUCCAGGCAUUAUCGGAAGCUUCACUUAUUCACGUAGAAAUCUCUUUGGGUGCAACCAAAAGUUGAAUCUUUUAUUGGAGAAGAGUCAAAUGGAUUCCCUAUACAAAUUGAGCUACAGUGAUCCAUGGAUAAAGGGAGAUGAUAAACGGACAUCUAGAUUAAUCACUUUUCAGAAUUUAAGCACCCUUGGAAGUUCUAUUCAUGGCCCCAAACCACCAGGUUCAUUGCAUGGUGGUAUAAAAAUAGGCAAAGCAAUGGCGAGUGUGGAUUAUGGUCGGCCCCUUAGACCAAAGUGGAGUGGGACUGCAGGCAUAAGUUUCCAGCGUGCUACAGCACAUGAUGAUAAUGGAAUAUCUCUAGUAAGAGAUGAAUUUCAGACUCCACUCUUUUUUAGUGGUAAAGACCAUGAUGAAAUGGUGUUUGCAAAGCUGGAGACUGUAUAUGCAGAUUCUCGUGAUCAGGGUUCUUCAAUGCUUGUCUUUAACAUGGAACAAAGUCUACCUCUCUUCCCAGAUUGGCUAGUUUUCACUCGUGUAAAUGUACGUGGAAGACAGGGAAUACGCAUUGGGCGUGCUCGUUGUGUUGCAAGUUUCUCUGGUGGAAAUGUAUAUGGAGAUUUGGCUCCUCACGAGGCAUUUGCCAUUGGAGGAACUAAUAGUGUCCGAGGGUAUGAAGAAGGUGCAGUUGGUUCUGGUCGAUCAUUUUUUGUUGGUAGCGCUGAAAUUUCAGUUCCCCUGUAUAACGUACUAGACGGUGCCAUUUUUGUGGAUUAUGGAACUGAUUUCGGCUCAGGGCAAACUGUGCCUGGUGAUCCGGCAGGUGCCCGAGGAAAACCUGGAAGUGGUUAUGGUUAUGGUGCAGGCAUUCGUGUGAACUCACCAAUUGGGCCUUUGCGACUGGAAUAUGCACAAAAUAAUCUAUUUGCUCGAAGGUUUCACUUUGGAGUUGGUUAUCGUGAUUAAGUUGCUGUAAUAUUUCAGAAAUAAAGAGUUAAGCAUUGUGUAAUAGUUAGGUGUUGAUUUUUCCUAAAAGUGUCAGGUUGUUUGGCCAAAUAUCCGGAGUGUGUAAAUUGCAUCAUCUGAGUUAGGUAUAUUAUAAAAAGCUUUCCAGAGAGAGGGGGGUCUUUUAAGCAAAGCUUACAUAAAUCAAGAAUCAUCUGAGUCUGCCUGUUCAUAGAAGCCAUCUACAACUGAGAAAGUUUGCAUGACACAUUAUUUCGGAAAGGUUUUACGUGGUUAGCUAGAAGGCGCAUGUCACAUUCAUUUAUUUGUUAUUUGCAAAUUUUUACAAUUAAUAAGCUCUAACGUUUGCAGACUGUUC